GUUUAAACUAUUUGCGGCCCCGAAACGGAUAGUGUUUACGAGUAUGGGUACAGCGCGCAACACUGUAUCCAAUAGCACCAUGAUCACAAAUUUUCGCGCCUUGCUCAAGACUCACCUACAUAUCCUUCAAUGGCUGCUGUAUCCUUCAUUCAUCUGCUGUUGUCUCCUCUUCUUCUUGUGUUUAAUCCCACCUGAGGGAGUACAUGCCCAAAUUGAAGGUUUGUGGUGCUAUUCAUAUCAGUCUUAAAAUAAAUAAAACGUUUUUAAAACCAGUCUAAAGACGGCCAAGGCAGUAAAAUGCUAAAACAUAAUGAAAAGUUAGAAAAGCACCAAAAGAAACUGCACUAAAUUUGAGGUGUAUCUUUCAUUUAAGACAGAGAAUGCUUUUGAAGUAAAAUGGUAUUCCAUAAAGUUUGAGUUCCUGGUUUCUGUGAAUUAUUCACUUUUGGUUGAUGUUAUGGCACAAAAAAAAAACAGUUCUUGCAAGUUGAAAAUUUAAGACAAAGGUUGAAAAAAUACGUGGAAGUGUCUAGUAUUCUAAACCUUGUUGCAACAUAGUGACUCAACAGAUAGGUACGACAAAUUAUUUAGUUUAUUCGUUUCCCCUAAAUUUUAAAAUUAUUUUUUGUCCGGCAGAAUUUAACACCUUGUAUCACCGAGAUCUUCGCCAAGACAUUUUUGUAAAAGACGAUCACCAUUACUUGAAUGUACCCAGAGUUGGAACAUACGCCGUGUACGACACCCUGGACUGUACCAUUGAAUGUCUAAGUAAUCCCUCCUGUUUUUCUUUAAACCUGGCCGCGUCAAAAGGAGUAGACGAGAAGCUCUGGUGCGAGUUGCUAUCUUCUGAAAAGUACAGCAACCCUGGAGAGUACAAAAGAAACCAGAGCUCGCAUCACUUUUCCAUUAAGGUAUCACUAUUAUUUUCCCCCCCCUAAAGACAGUGGUUAAACAACGUCACCAACUUUCUCUCUCUAAGAUUUUGUCCCAAAAACCGGCCGACAUUUUUUUUUUAAUUAUGGCUUUUCCCGUUGUGUCUGAAAGAGGAUUCGGUCACUUUAGACCCAUUUACAGCAGAACAUCUGCCUUUGUCAGAAUGCUUGGAUAUAGGUAAAAGGAAAGAGGAGUUAUAAAUAGGAAAUUUGGCACCGCAGGCCUGUGUGGUCGUCAUUUUUAAUUUAUCUUCAAGUUGGUUAAAGGGGUAAAGCACACGUACGAACAAACAUGUCACUUUAAAAGUUAAUUAAAAGAGGAUUCAAUCGAAUGAGAUGCAUCACCCCAACAAUAACCUCUAGAGGUGUGUGUGUAUGGUCGUCAUUUUUAAUUUAUCUUCAAGUUGGUUAAAGGGGUAAAGCACACGUACGAACAAACAUGUCACUUAAAAAGUUAAUUAAAAUAGGAUUCAAUCGAAUGAGAUGCAUCACCCCAACAAUAACCUAUUUUUUCUCAUUUUUCACUCUACAUCUUUUACACAGUAAAACAGAACUUUCAUCAAUAUGAUCCGUGCAAAGCAAAAAAUAACAUUUUUUUUUUACUUUCAGUCUGUGCCAAAAAUUUCGAUCUGAAACUGAAACCUUCGUCAGCUGUUAAAAGAUUUUAUGCGUCAGGAUCAUAAAUCGUUCUCACAUUCGUAGGCUGCAGAGACAAUCGUUCUUUGUCUCCCAUACACUUAUUCACUUUAGACCCAUUUAGAGCAGAACAUCUGCCUUUAUCAGAAUGGGUCUCUAUGUUUGCUUGGAUAAGUAAAAAUGAAAGAGGAGUUGAUGAAUAGGAAAUUUGAUACCGCAGGUGUGUGUACCGGUCGUCAUUUCAAUUUACUGUCUUCAAGUUGGUUAAAAAGGUAAACAAACCACAGGCGUUCCGUGCAAACAAAAAUAUCACAGUUAAUUAAAAGAGGAUUCAACCGAAUGAGAUGCAUCACACCAUCAAUAAACUAAUCUUUCUCACUUUUUCUCUUUUCUCGAAAUAUAAGAUUUGUAUGGGCGAAAAAAAGGUCUUCUUUCUGUAGCCCGCGAAUGGAAAACGAUUGGUGAUAAAAAUCAGGCAACCUUACUUAACUUGACUGUUUCGCAGUUCUUCUUUCGAUUCAGUUUCAUUUAAAUCCUUUUCACAUUCGUAGGCUGUAGAAACAAUCGUUUUUUAUCGCCAAAACACUCUUUUGGGAGGACUAGAAACUUAAUAUAACACUGAAUAGGAUAGUUACUGGUCUGAGCGUGUUUUUGGGCGGAGGGGCGGUAAACCCAUGUCAUUUCUCGCUGUAUGCUGCAAGUAGGCCGGGCUCUCCCUUUUAUGGCCCUUAUGGGAAGGUUCCGAACGACAGGGAUUCCUUCUUUUCAUAGGCGUCGGAUAUAUAAAAGAGAAGGGAUUUCACAAUUGAACUAGAUAUAGAUGACGAUCAGGUGGGGAAUUCUGACAUUUAAUAGGUAUUUAAACUGGUCUUUGAUUUAAAGGUAUUCCGAACAGACCCACCUUAUGACUGUAUGGGGAGCAAGGGAUGGCGCAGUGGUGAGAGCGCUCAAAUCCCGGGGUCGACGCCAUAUGUGGGUUGAGUUUGUUGUUGGUUCUCUCCUUUGCUCCGAGAGGUUUUUCUCCGGGUACUCCGGUUUUCCCUCUCCUCAAAAACCAACAUUUCCAAAUUCCAGUUCGAUCAGGAAUCAGGUAGACGACGAACCACUUUGUGGAUGUACUACCUCCAAAUCAUCAUCAUCAUCAUCAUCAUUAUUAUUAUUAUUAUUAUUAUUAUUAUUAUUAUUGUUGUUGUUGUUGUUAUUAUUGUAUCGUUAACAAUUUAUCAUAAGCGACAUGAAAUGUUUGUCCUUUAUAUCGUUUAACGGUCUUUUUGUUCUUAGUUUUAGUUUGAGUUUUUGUUUGUUUAUGUUUUAGACUGCGUGUCACUCUUCGCCGUGCCGUAAUGGUGGAACAUGUGUACCAAACUACAAAUAUCACACCUUUGACUGCGCUUGUAAAGACGGUUACGUCGGAGACUUAUGCGAAGUAUUUGGUAAGUUUCCCAUAAAAGGUUGUCAAAGGACAGACUUGCACCUUACAAUAAAAAGGUUAAAGGCAUGUUUAUAGUGGAAGGUGCACUUAGCUAGUCAGCUAAUUUACAGGCACUACACUCAAAUAUUUAGAAACAAAUAAUUCAAAUACAACAUAACAGGAUUAAAAACCCCAACUGGCAGAAGGCAACCAGUUGGCUAUUUACAAGCGUGGCCGAGAAUUUGAACUCGGGACGACCGAGCACAAAUCCAGCAAGUGGCCAGAGCGGGACUCGAACCCGGGACCGCCGGAUUGCGAGUCCGACGCGCUGACCACUCGGCCACGCUGCCUCCCCCUACAAUAGUAAUAAUGUAAUGAAACUUGACAAUGAUGUAGAUGCAUUCGAACCUAGCUCCAUGUAAGAGCGACCAAUCGUCCUCCCACGGGCGAUCACCUAUCUAGAACACCAACUUUUCUCAGUUAAAUCCUUUAGCUUGGAACCUUUUGUAAACGAGCACCUCUCAUAAGCGCCUACGACAAUUAUUUCGGGUGACGUUUUGUAAUUUUUCAUUGUUUUUAACUUCUAAUAAGCAACCAAUUUGACGUCAUGGUCCGAUCUCUUUGUUCGCUGCAUGUACCAUUUGUACUAAGCCACUCAAAGUAUACAAAACCCUUUUAACAACGACAUGGAACUACCACUCAGUCGUAACUAAGAAAGUGCAUGCAAUAAACUCCCACCAAAAAGCAGAUGAGUCCUGACCUUUUCCAAGAAACCAUGUUCUCGUGCCUCUUCUCAGUAGAGUCCCCUGCGGUUUGAUUCUUGUAAGCGACCGCCUGCCGUAAGCAACCAUAUAAUCUUCCCUGGUAUUUUGGGUGUUCGCUUACAGAACGUUUGAUUUGGAUUUAUUUCUAACGCUGCAUUUAUAAAAUCCUGAAGGGGUAAAAGCGGCUUAGCAAGCAGUCAAAUAGUUAAGAUAUUAAAGUAAAAUAUAUAAAAUAUCUCAAUCAGUUAGUUCGGCGCCUAGAAGUAAGCCCAAGAGUAAACAUAUACUAUUGUAGUGACUUUAAAUCGAUUUGAUAUCCUUUUUCCUUUAGCUCCGAAAUCAUGCAAGCAAGUGUAUGAUCAUUAUGCAGACAAGUGAGUGAAAUUGUCAUUUUUUUUUUUUUUAAUUUUUUUGCCAUUUUGGCAUGUAUUGUCAGUGCCGGAUCCAGAACUUGAGAUAGGGUGGGGGGGGGGGGGGGCGGGCGGUCAUCCAGACCCUUACAUAAGUGGGGGAGCUGUCUCCAAAAAAUUUUGUUUCGGCCGCUCGGGCCUCAGUUUAGUCUAAAAAUAAGGGGGGGCCAGGCCCCCCGGGCCCCUCCCCUGGAUCCACCACUGUAUUAGUUUGUAACAAGAGAGAAUAAUGAACAGUCUUGGGUGCACGAAGUACGUUUUCUGUGAGAUUUAACUCUUGUUUGAAUUCAAUAUUUUAAUCCUGGGUCAUUUAGAUCACUUGGUUUUCAUUAUAUACUGUCUUAAACAAUAAUUAUUUACCGAAGUUCCCAGCUUGGCUUUUGUGCAGGUCCCAACGAAGCCAGCUGGUUAAACUCUUUUUUAACUCAACACCAACUUCCGUUCUCUGUCAAAUUGGUGACUUUGGAUGUGGACCAGGGGGUUGGACGCCGGUCAUGAAGAUAAACGGCAGAGAGGUAUGAAAUUUGUGGGUGAGAUUUUUAUCCAAAUUUUUCCAAGUUCCAGUUGGACCCGGAAUGGUAGACGAAAAACCAUUACGUGAAUCACAAUGCUUUGUUAACAGUAACCGGUCAAGUCGCGCGAAUGUUAUCUCGCCAGAAGUUAUGUCGCCCGAAACCCUUAGACACGCUGAGAGUAAGUCGCCCGACUGAAAUGCGUGAAGUGAACAGAGAAACAACAUACCAUCAACUGACGUGAUACAACUCACUUUGACUCUGAAGAUGACUACUGCACAGGUUGUCGAAACGUCAGUCACUGUCAACAACAACAGUCCUAUUCAGGACUACGUUCACCCGGACGAUCAAACUCAACCUUUUGAAAGCUAAUUUUUGUUAGAUAAAGAGUGUGUGUUAAUAUAUCUCGUUCUUUAAACCAGCAUGAGACGAAAUAAGCGGAAUGAAUGGGUAACAUGACUCGUUCUUUAAGCGACGAUGAGGCGAAACAAGUUAACCCUGGAUUAACAACGAAACAAGCGCCAUAAAUGAGUAAUAUAUCUCGUUCUAUAAUCUUCGAUCAGAAGAAACAAACGCGGCAAAUGGUAACAGGGAUUCUAGCAUAUUGUUUAGCAUGAUGAUAAAAUUUUGAGCCACAUGACUCAGCAUUUCGGGCUGGACUUAACUUCGGGCGACUUGACCGUAAACCUAGCGUGUGAAAUUGGAGAGUGUUGGAUCAGGCUUGAAAAUUUACAUCAAGCAAAAGCAACAUUAUUUUGUAGAAUUUCUGUCAUUUCGCUGCUUUCUCUCCUUUUCGCUUUAAAACAAAAAAAACGCUCUUUUUUAAUAAUUCUUUUUGUUACAAACUGCUGUCGGGGUGGAAAGGUUGUCCUGGGAACAAGGUUGACUUCCGUUCUUUGAGACUGUCUAAUAACUAACAAGUUCGACAGAUACUUAUUUUAAUUAACGCGAAGCCAGGAGUUACAAUGAAUAGCUAUUGUUGCGUCAUACAGUGUUAUAGCUUAAUUUUAGUUUUUCCUAUUUCUGUUCAUUUUCAUGCUAUUUUAGAGAACAUUUCACUACGAUUCAGUGCUCUGGACAAACAAACAAUCCUUUAACAUUGACGGAGGGAAGACUGGGUUUGACGCAGAGGAGACCAAAUUGCCUUCCUACUGGAACACAUCCUUCUCUAAAAUCUGUCUCGGUAUUAACAUUACCGGUAACAUCAACUUUGCUGUCAUCGACAGGCAAGCGCACUCUUUGCAUUCCCUGAUUGCUGAUGGGCAAAAGCGUAACACCUCGCUAGGACGUGACGCGUGGAAGGCGCUGAUUGGUUCACGGGGCUCCUUACAGACGUACUGCAACGUUGAAGGAUUCAAUGUUGAAGGGGAAUUCAUGGGAAGCGACAAUGACAGCCGAAGAGCACGGGCAAGAAUUGGCAUCAUUAGUAACGAUUUUGACAACUGCAUUACUUGUGAUUCCAGAAUCGGGUUUGGCACAGGUGGACGUCCCGGUGACAACAAUGUUUGUGGCAAUGCGGCUCACAGGAAUUGGAAACCAGACAACGGCGGCAAUAAUAUAAAGGGAAUAGGUUAUAUCUUGGUGCAGUGAAACAAAAAUUAUCGCACUUUAAGAGGCCAAGUUCAAUUACAGUAACAGCAACAAUUCAGAUUUAAUCCACUUCGUUAAAAUAGUUAUUGCGACCUGAAUAGCAAUCGUGUCAAAAAUAAAAUGCUCGAAAUUUUACUAUUGCAACACCAAAACUGUUCGAUUACCAGGAGUUUGUAAUCAGACAGAUCAAAUCUGACAGUUAAAAAGCCAACGACAAUCAAGUAGGAAAAUAUUACAAGCCAAUAGUUUUUAACCACAUAGCAGCUGACUGCAGCUGCAGCUUGGAAGAGAAUGGACGAAAUUGUCUGAUCCAAUGACUGUCAUUCAGAUACAAUUUUUUAAAAAUUCGAGAGCCUGAUUUAGAAAGCUUUGAAAACGUAGAAAACGGUAAAGUUCCUCAAGUGUACGCUAUUUUUGCUUUGAGCCUAGCUGCAAGCUGAUGCAAUAAAAACUUUGUACUUACAUUAAUAAGAUCUAAUAAAUAUUCCAAAACUAAGAUUCUUGAAUUUUGUUAUUGACACGAUUAAUUAGUAAUAGGACUUCGUGUCGUAUAAUUCAGGUCAUUCAGGGAUAAUCGGUCUUGUAAUUUCAAAUCAGCCUCGUGUUGAUUUGAAAUUUGAAAUUUUAUUUGAAAUUUUAUUUUACUCGUGACCAGUAAAAAGAUAGUAGACUAAUAAGCAGUAUCAUACCCUAAUUUCAUUGUUUUCCUUUGUUUAGUUGUAGCCGCUCUUUGGCACUAAUGAUGAGUAAAAUCACCCUUUUUUUAGUAUAUUAAUGGGGUAUUUCAGGAUCUUCACUUAUGUUUGUUCUUUGCAAACAUCAAGUUCUAGCGAAUUUAAGAUUUGAUUUUCAAGGCACAUUUUAAUUAAACCCAGUCUAAACACAAGAAAAAGUCCAAGAAUACUGCUUUAAAAUUACUCUGCAAUUUAUGAUAUAUAUGAUGCAUUGAGACUAGUUAUGCACAUAAAGAAAGCUCUACAGAGCGGUUUAUUGAGGUGCUUGCCAUUCUACAUAUGAAAUGAUAGCGUUCGGCCUACAACAGUCAGGGAAGGUACUGUAGCCACAACUUGUUUUCGUAGAGGACCAUUCAAGAUAAGAGGUAUCCCAGAGUCUAACCACAAAUUGAUUUUAGAGCUGCAAAGUUAUAAUGGAAACCUCUUUCAGUUAAGAUCAAGGUAGAACUUACAGAGUACUACUAUUUCCAAAAAUCAAAAGGAGAAUUGAUCUGCAAGUCUGUGGUCCAUAGUCUCAGACGUCUAGUGAAUUGGCAGAGAAGGCCUAGAAAACGCUGAACAGGGACUAGGCAAGGGAGCAGCAACGCCGACAGCGACGGCCGCGAAAACGUCACCAAUAAAAGGACAACUUACUCGCGGUUUAAAAUAUCAAUUAAACUGAUUUACGUUUUCGUUGCCGUUGCCGUCGCCGUCGCCGUCGUCGUUGCUAAAGCUCUUUAUUUUAUGUAGUUGUGACAAUUCAGUGUUGAAUAAAAGUAUCUCUAUG